CCUUUGCUCCUCUGUUUUGUCCUGUGCCACCCCCCAACAAUUUCAAACGCUGUCACUCAAAAUCCAGCCCAGUUCCAAGCGCUGCCUCAGCGGCGCUUGGUCUUUCCCCGCCAGGCGCUGCCGCAGCCAACACUAGGCUGAUAGAACUCCGCCCCCACCAAUGAUGGCGGACGAGCCACCGUCGUCGCCCAUUAUUCCAUACAUGCACUCAUUCGACGAUCAUGACAUUUCAUUGUUCGACGAUAUUCUCAUGCUGGACGAAAUCCCCAGUCUAAAUCUUGCCGACUCCCCAUUAUUGACGCAACCCGAUGAUCCCGUACCUGUAAAUCCAGUCGGUACCGGUACGCUUAAUUCUACCGCUACCGCCAGUACUUCUCAAGUGGGCCCUAAUUCUGAAUUCCGCGGCGAAACGAGCCAUCAACGGGGAAUUCUCCAACCGGACAUUUCGGGAUUCGGAAAUCCGGUGCCAUUGCCCGUUUGGCCAGCGCCACCGGUUCCGUUCACUUGCAGUUGUUGUCAAGUACUGAGAGAGAUUAUCCACACUAAGGGCAACCAUAUGACAAGGCUGGAGAUUCAUGGAAGGCUUGGUUUGAUCAGUCAUGCUAUUCUUGAGAACCGGUUUGUUUCUGUUGAUUGGACCACUCAAAGCCAGUACCACCAAAUGUUGGAUUUUUCCAAGAAGAGCAUAGAGGCUGUGAAGGAGUAUCUUGUUCAGUACUGUGAAGGGCGCAAACAAGACGGUUACACAAUGCAGAAAGACCCACUUCUCACAUUCUAUGAAGCUCUGUGUGUUGGACUGAUAAAUGGGGAUCAUGACAGUUUUGAUCCUGAUGAUUUCUUUCAACCAUCUUUGGGAAAUUCAGGUACUGAAAACCAAGGGAACCAACCAGAGCCUUUGAACCAAAUUGGGGCUAAGAGGGAUGAAGUCAGACUUUCUCUUGGAGAACAGGUUUUAGUACCUAAUUUUCCUGCACAAUUUUAG